UUUCAAUAAUAACCACAAGGAUAAACCCCCGUCUCAAAAUUCCAAUUAAUUAAUUUAUAAAAUAAAAAGAGAACAACCUCUAAAUCCUCUCUCUCUCUAAAAAAUUUUCAAAAUCCCUCACUAUGGCCUUUCACGUAGCUUGCCCAAUUACAUGUCGCCGAAUUUGUUUUUGCCCGCUAGGGUUUACGCGAGAUCUCCACUCUACGAAAUCUAAGGCUGACUACCUGUUCGAUUUAGCGAGAAUCGAUGAGUUUUUGAAGGAUCCUUUUGGAAUUAGAGCUUCCAGGGAAGGGACUGUCCAGGUCUCCGUUCCCAAGGUUGUGCCCGUGCCCGUGCCGGUUCAGAUUCAUCCGCCCCAGUCGCUCGCGGUCGUUCCGGGGAGAGAUAGAGGAGGUGAUGGUGGUGUGGGCGUCGCGGUGGAGGAGGCUGUGUCAGCGCAGACUAAGCGCGUGGCUAUUCAAAGGCAGGCUGCUGCUGCUAAGGCAUCUGCUGAGUAUUAUGCUAAGAAGGUCGAGUCUGGUGAUACCGCGGUAACCUCAAAAGAUAUUUCAGAAGAAGAUGCAAGUCCAUUGUGUCGGAUGUGCUUUGUGGGUGAAACAGAAGGAAGUGAGAGAGCUAGGAAGAUGCUCCCAUGCAAAAGUUGUGGCAAGAAGUACCACAGGAGCUGUUUGAAAACUUGGGCUCAGCAUAGAGAUUUAUUUCACUGGAGUUCGUGGAACUGCCCGUCUUGCCGAACUUGUGAGGUAUGUCGAAGAACCGGAGACCCAAAUAAGUUUAUGUUUUGCAAAAGGUGUGAUGGUGCUUUCCAUUGUUACUGCCAGCAUCCUCCACACAAGAAUGUCAGCUCUGGACCAUACUUGUGCAUCAAACAUACAAAAUGUCACAGCUGUGGAUCUACUGUUCCAGGAAAUGGAUUAAGUGUGAGGUGGUUUCUGGGAUACACUUGCUGUGAUGCUUGUGGAAGAUUAUUUGUGAAGGGAAACUAUUGCCCUGUUUGCUUGAAGGUUUAUAGAGAUUCAGAAUCAACUCCAAUGGUUUGCUGUGAUAUUUGCCAGCGAUGGGUGCACUGUCAUUGUGAUGGCAUCAGUGAUGAAAAAUAUCUUCAGUUUCAAGUAGAUGGAAAUCUCCAGUACCAAUGUGCCACAUGUCGUGGAGAGUGCUAUCAGGUGAAGGAUCUUGAAGAUGCUGUUCAAGAGCUAUGGAGACGACGAGACAAGGCUGAUCGAGGUUUAAUUGCAAGCUUGAGGGCUGCUGCUGGGUUGCCAGCUCAAGAAGAUAUAUUUUCUAUUACUCCUUAUUCAGAUGAUGAUGAAAAUGGUCCAGCAGCACCAAGGAAUGAUUUUGGGCGUUCUAUAAAACUCUCUCUCAAAGGGUUAGUUGAAAAGUCACCAAAGAAGAGCAAGGAUCAUGGAAAGAAACAUUUGAAUAAAAAAUAUCCCAAGAGAAAAGGUCCUCAUGCUGCUUCUUUUAGUAAGACAGAAUCAUAUCAGCAUGAAAGUCACUCUUAUGAACAUGAUUCGGGUGAUGAGAAGAAUAAUGAUACAGAGUCUCAAGCAAAAGGAGGAUUGGGUAGAUGUUCUUCUCCUGUUGCUGGAAUUGUGAAUCACACUGAAGGAAUUUGCUCUAUCAAUCAGCCAGGGGCUUUGAAACACAAGUUUGUUGAAGAGGUGAUGGUGAGUGAUGGAGAAAGGACAUCCAAAAUUGUUAAAAUUAAGAGUAAUAAGCCUCAUGAUUUGGAUAGUGGGGAUGAUGCUGAAAAACCCAGCAAGUCAAAAUCUGUUAAGGCAAAGAAAUUAGUAAUAAAUCUAGGUGCACGAAAAAUAAAUGUUUCUAGUUCUCCAAAAUCUGAUGCUCAAAGCUGCCAAAGAGAACAAGAUUUGAAGGCUUCCAACGGAGAUGGAGUUGAUCACUCUGAGCAGAAAAGAGGUUUGAUCAAGUUUGCAAGGAGAGAAGGGAAUUUCAUUAAGUUUGGGAAAGUAAAAGCUGAAGCUUCAAGCUUAAAUCUCAAAUCUGAUGGAGGGAACCAUUUUGAUGCAUAUGAAACCACUCCCCUAGAUCAUGCUCGUGUUACAUCAUCUAAAAGGAGCCUUGAAGGGAGCAGGGCUGCAGUGGGGCCUGCAGGUGAAGUUCCUAUGUUAAGAAAUGACAGGGUUUCUUUGGGAAAGCAAUCAGAGGCCAGGCUUGAUACGCAUACAGAAAGCAAUGAUGAUUCUGGUGACACUCCUAUUUUGCAUUCAUUGCCAAAGGAUUCAAAACUUUCUUUGAAGCUAAAGAUUAAGAAACCUAAUCUUGAAAAUCAGAGUUCGCAGAUUCUUCUGCAUGAAGAAGAAAAGAGUAACACGAGGGGCCAAAGGUCAAAAAGGAAGAGAGCAUCAACCUUCAUUGAUAAAACAAUGUAUAAUGAAGAUGAAGAUAUGUCAGAAUCACAUCUGGACAGUGAAAUGAUGGAAGCUAAUUGGAUAUUGAAAAAGCUGGGUAAAGAUGCUAUUGGAAAGAGAGUCGAAGUUCAUCAGCCAUCUGACAAUUCAUGGCACAAAGGAGUUGUCUCUGACAUUGUUGAAGGCACAUCAUUGUUAUCUAUUACUCUAGAUGAUGGUAGAGUAAAAACCUUGGAACUUGGGAAGCAAGCAGUUCGCUUUGUUCCCCAAAAGCAAAAGAGGUCAAAAACAUGACAAGUUGAACUUGUUCUUGAGUAGUGGACGAUUUCAUCUGGACUCCAGAUACUCCUCCCAUUUUAAAGGCGAAGAGGUAGUCUCCAUUCCUAAGGACCAUAGAGAUUUCAGUUGCAUUUCUGGUUGCAUAUAUGGCUGGUGAUUUUUCAUUGAAGCACCUUCACUAGGGCGGCGCUUCAACAUUUGUGUGGAAUUCUUUUGGACAACCAGGGAUUAUUUUGACGGAGGGCUCUCCUUCUAGCCCCCAUCCCCUUCUCUCUUCAUUUGCUCAAACGUAGCUUGCUUCCCAGUGUAUGGAACUCUGUAUCUAGGCAUCUAGAAUAACUUGCCUUUGUUGUUAAUCAGUACAUGUGCAAGUAGCAUUGCCAUUGUUCAUUGUAGUUGAGUUGCAAAGCUCCAGACCUACCUUUUGUUUUUUCUUUUCAAAUUUGAUCUGUCAAGGGUUUCGUUGCUUCCCAAAA